GCCGACGCCCAAGAAGCAAGCAGACAUUGGCACCCUGCUAGAAGAUGCCGAUAUUCCUGAUGCCUAUGUCGAUGUCUUUGAAGCGUAUGCGACAAACGGCCUCGUCACCAUGUCUUCCUUUAAGGAACUACUUAAGGCGGCGCAUAUCAGUGAUUCGGAUGCAGAGACAGUUCUUGCUCUUGUACUGCCUGGAGAGUCUAGUACCGCUGGCUUGCCCCGCGCAAAGCUCAAUGUCGCACUGGCGCUCGUUGCGUUGUCGCAGCAAGGCGAAGAGCUGACGCUGGAUGCCGUGGAUGACUUACGACACAGACGCUUGCCAGUACCCAAGCUAGCGACGAAAGAGCAAAAGGCUCAAGAGGCGCCAUCAGAGAUCAAGCCUGCAUCUCCAACCAAAGCACCCGUUCAAGCAGCACAAGCGCCAGUCCCGCAGCGACAGACUGCCGAAGAACCCUCCACGGCCUCUACAACAGACGAUCCAUGGUCUAAUGGCAGUAGUUCACGCUCUCAUCACUACGAUGAGAGUCCUAGUGUGCCUGAGGCAACCACAGCAACGCCAAGUUACACGAGCCCCGCGGUACAAGGUUCUCUGGACUUUGAUGCGAUUACAGUCACGACGCUUGAAGGAAAAGAAGGAAUGCCGCUCUGGAAACAUCUCAACUAUGCUAUCAAAAGCGCCAAGCGCAAGUCUAAUGUGGUACGUCGAUACAGCGAUUUCGCAUGGCUCCUUGAAUGCCUACUCAAGAAGUAUCCAUUCCGUCAAGUCCCCUUGCUGCCGCCAAAGCGGCUUGCCGUGAAUGGCAUUUACAUACGAAUAGAUGCUGGCUUUUUGGAGAAACGCCGACGUGGGCUCUCGCGUUUUGCUAAUGCACUUGAACGGCAUCCUGUGUUCAAAAUCGACCAGCUCGUGACGACCUUCCUCACAGUCCCAACGGAAUUGGCCGUUUGGCGAAAGCAAGCUUCAAUUUCAGUGCAAGAAGAGUUUGAAGACCGCUACCUCGCGCCUGACCUGGAAGCCAGUCUACCACAGGGCAUUGACGACUGGAUGUACAAGACCCGUGUAGCACUCGCGCCUGCCAUUGAGUCAUUCACAAGUUUGGUCGUAACGCAGGAACGUCUCAUCAAGCGGCAGGAAGUGGCAGGGACAGAUCACCUACGGUUGAGUUUGACGCUCAAUACAUUCUGCGAGCAACAAGGUGCGACGUAUGAUGUACUGGGCAAAGAACACGGUCCCGGCAUUGUACGUGGUUUGCAAGCAUUAUCAAGACACCAUACCACCGCACAGCAGACGAUGGAGCAAGAGUGUCGCGCACUGGAAGAUGCCGUACUUGAAGACUUGAAGCGACACAGGGAUACGUUGACUGCGAUGCAUGAACUAUUUGUACGACACGCCAAAUAUGCAGGCGACAAUGUCUCUGCAUUGGAGAAACGCAUUGCCGCUGCGAAAACAAAGCUGCAUGCAUUGGACAACAAGGUGGAUGCAAAGGAGAACGACAAGGCAAAGUUGCGGGAAAGCAUACAGAGUGAUCAAAACACGAUUGUCAAGCUGAUGAGUCGCCGUGUGUUUGUGCGGGAGUGUGUGUGGCAUGAGUUGCAGGUGUUUGAAGCACAGCAGGUGCACAUUUCGAGGCUGGUGAAUGACUUGGCUGGGUUGCGAGCCGACUUUGCAAAGCGGUUGCUGGAUCUGGCUGUGAAGCUACAGGGCGACGUUGAGGGGAUGCCGUAGCUGGUAACAGGCACAUACAUGCACAUACAUGCACAUACUGGAGUACUCGAGGCCGCAC